CCUCUUCACCAUUCCUUUCUCGAUACGGAGUAAAAACGAUCUAAAACGUUUCUACCCUUUUUCUCAAAUACUCUGAUCUUCAUCUUCUCUCACAAAAACAAAAAUUGUGUUGAUGUAACACGUUGUGACUGAUCAAAAAAGUUGGUUCGUUUGAGGCUGCAGGUAUUAACCAUUAUUUUUUGUUCGUUGUUGUUGCGAACAUGGGAAGUAGGAGCAGAGAGAGGAUGACGGCGGCGGCGGCGGCGGUGGUGCUGGUGGCGGUGGCGCUGCUGGGGGGUGUGGAGAGUCUGCGGCGGCCUCACCGGAUUCUGCUGGACACCGACGUCGACACCGAUGAUUUCUUCGCGCUGUUGUAUCUUCUGAAGCUUAACAGAUCAGAGUUUGAUUUGAAGGGAGUAACCAUUAGCUCAAAUGGAUGGACAGAUGCAGGGCAUUCUGUUAAUCAAAUAUAUGAUCUGCUUUACAUGAUGGGGCGCGACGAUAUUCCGGUUGGUGUGGGAGGGGAGGGCGGAAUACUUGAAGAUGGUACAAUUCUGCCUAAUGUAGGUGGAUAUCUUCCCAUAGUUGAACAGGGAAUUGGUACGGUUGGAUACUGUAGAUAUAGACAGGCUGUUCCUGUUGGGCUUGGAGGACGCUUAGAUAUUGACACAAACUUUGGUUUUAGAAAGAGCUUCCUCCCUCAGGGAAGGAGAAGAUAUUCACCUCUUCGGCAGCCCACAGCACAGCGUGUAUUGAUCGACACGAUUUCUGCUGGACCGACCACUGUGUUCAUCACUGGAGCUCAUACAAACUUGGCUAUAUUUCUUAUGAGCAAUCCUCAUUUGAAAAAAAAUGUGGAGCAUAUAUAUGUCAUGGGCGGUGGCGUUACAUCACAGAACCCGACUGGCUGUUGUCCUAAGAAUGACACUUCUUGUCAGCCUCGCCAAUGUGGUGACCGAGGCAAUUUGUUCACUGAUUACACUAGUAAUCCUUUUGCAGAGUUCAAUGUUUUUAUCGAUCCUUUUGCUGCAUACCAGGUUAUUCAUUCUGGAGUGCCAAUUACUCUUGUUCCAUUGGAUGCCACAAAUACCAUUCCCAUAAGUGCAGAGUUUUUUGAAAACUUUGAGAAUAGUCAGCACACGUAUGAGGCGCAGUACAUUUUCAAGUCCUUGAAAAUGGCUCGUGAUACUUGGUUUGAUGAUCAAUUCUACACGAGCUACUUCAUGUGGGACUCAUUUCUGUCAGGUGUAGCUACUUCAAUUAUGAGCAAACCACUAAAUCAUGAAGGUGAAAAUGAUUUUGCAGAAAUGAAGUACAUGAAUAUCACUGUAAUUACCUCGAAUGAGCCGUAUGGUGUGUCUGAUGGCUCAAAUCCGCUCUUCGAUGGUCGCAAGACUCCUAAAUUCAACUUGAAAAGUGAAGUCCAUAGCGGGCACAUUCAAACUGGUCUUCGUGAUCCAUUUUGCCUGCUCAAAAAUGGCAAGGGAAAAUGCAGGGAUGGGUAUACAACAGUGGUAGAGGGUCCAGAAGGUGUGCCAGUUCUUGUUGCAGUCAGAGCAAAACCCAACCGUGAUGUUCGUAGCCCGUUAGACAGAGAAUUCUUUAUCAACUUUUUGGAUGUAAUAAACCGCCCACAACAAACUGGCAGGUUCAAUUUCACAACAGAAUAUCCCAACUAUAAAGAAGUACUUUACAAACCAGAUCUUAGGGGAAAACAAAAACUUGGGAAAAAUGUUGUGUUUGACAUGGACAUGAGUGCAGGAGACUUCCUAGCACUCUUUUAUCUUCUUAAACUUCCUGUGGAGGUUAUCAAUCUCAAGGCAAUUCUGGUGAGCCCAACUGGAUGGGCAAAUGCAGCAACAAUUGAUGUAAUCUAUGAUGUGUUACACAUGAUGGGUCGUGAUGACAUCCCGGUCGGCCUUGGAGAUGUAUUUCCAGUGAACAUUACAGAUCCAGUUAUGCCUGGUGUUGUUGGAGACUGCAAGUACCAAAAGGUUAUCCCACAUGGUAAUGGUGGAUUUAUUGACUCAGACACUCUAUACGGUUUAGCUCGUGAUUUGCCUCGUAGCCCUCGAAGAUAUACAGCCGAGAAUUCUGUGAAAUUUGGAGCUCCAAGAGAUACUGAUCACCCUGAACUUCGACAGCCUCUAGCAUUACAAGUAUGGGAGUCAGUGGUGAAAUCACUUGAUCCAAAAUCCAAGAUUACCAUUCUCACUAAUGGGCCGCUCACUAAUGUAGCAAACAUAAUUGGUGCCGGUGAGAAUGUGUCCUCUGCUAUCCAGGAAGUAGUGGUUGUUGGGGGGCACAUCAAAAGUGACAGCUCUCACAAGGGAAAUGUGAUCAAUUUUCCUUCCAAUAAAUUUGCAGAACUCAACAUGUUUUUUGACCCUGUGGCUGCAAAAACAGUUUUUAAUUCAAAACUCGAUGUCACUCUCAUCCCCCUUGCCACACAGCGCAAAGUUAGUUCAUUCCCUAAGAUCAUACAGGCACUCGCUCAAAAGAAAACUCCAGAAGCAGCGUUUGCUAAACGCCUGCUGUCAAGACUAUAUCAUCUGCAAAUGAAGCAUCACAGAUAUCAACACACGGGAACGUUUCUUGGGGAAAUCCUAGGAUCAGUAGUUGUAGCAGGUGAUGUUUCUACCUUGAAACCAACAUUUGGCAUCAAGAAAAUCGAAGUAUCUGCAACAGGGGUAGAAUCUGAAGAUGGGCAAAUGAUGAUUGAUGAAAAACAAGGCAAAGCAGUGAAAGUGUUGGAAAAUGUUGAUCCAUUAGCUUACUAUCAUCUCUAUGGGCAUAUGGUAGGCAAUUGGAAUCAGUCUGCUGUAGUUGGAAGCUUUUUAGAGCAGACAAGAAUGUGGAGUACACCAUUGAAUACAAAAAGGCAUUUGUAAUAUCUAUUAAUCCCAGGAUAUAGUCAGGUACCUCUCCAGCUUCAUAGCAGAUUUAAUGUAAUAUAAGAGUAUAGUUAUAUUCAUCACAUUUGAUUGGCAUAUGAUUCAAUGGCAAUAAAUAAAUAGAGGCUUGAUUUACA